GGCAAAGCUUAGGCAGCGUCCUGUCCAUGUUCGCCUUUCCGGUCACGAUGACAUGGCAGUGUCUGACAACGGCUUGGACGAGAUUUCGGACAUGGACUCUGCCGAGGAAGCCUGGCUUGACUUGGAGGCCACUCCUGGGCCCGGGGAGGAAUGCGAUCCUCAAUGGGCACACGAGGGCCAGGACGAGGCGAGGCAAGUUGUGCGUGCCGACUUUCCAGUGCGAGCAGCUCCAGACUGCCCCAGUCCAUCUCAGCAGCUCGCCUGCGUAGCUCUCGAAGAGGACCAUGCUUACAACGACACGGUAUGGGAACAGUCUUGCUAUGGCGAGACGGAGUCAUCUCAUACUUGCCAAUCUGUCGAUGCAGACGAUGUGAUGCUUUUCAACGAGAGACAUUGGCAUCUUCAGCGCAUAUUCAAAACUAAACUCGAGAAUCUGACUCCCCAAGAAAAGGGUAAUGCGGUCAUCAUUACGGUGUUUGGAGUGAGCUGGGACCUAUACGAUCUGGACGACCAGAGCGUACUUGCUCUCGCAGGCACCAACCGAUGGCUACGGAGACGAUUUCAGCUUGCCGACCCCCUUCGCCUAUUCGACAUCUCUCUGUCCUUCCCCGUGGACGACAAUCUCACGCUGUCGACCCAAAAGGUCAGAAAACUCUCCCGUCUCGUCGAGUCGCUCCAAACCGGCUGGCUUGAUGACCGGGGCAUUCUAUUUCGCUUCGUGGUGACUCUCUCGUUCGAGCCGAUCAAGUCGCAUCCCGAUGGCGUCCCCGGGCAACCAUAUCAUGAAUGGCUGUCAGCCGUCGUGGAUCUCCUCACGGGCCUGCCCCUUAGGCCUGCGCAUGUCAAAGUCAGGGACAGCCUGUGUGACAAAUUUGUGGAGGCAGUGCGGGACAGAGGGUUUGCAGUCCUGGACGGGCGCGAUACUUUACAAGUCAUUCGAUCGACCCUCACGGUUUUGUACGACGAUCGCGAUAGGACUCAUACUUGGGUCUCCCGUCAAGCUGUUCUGGCAAGGAUGGAUGCUUACCCGGAGCUGACAGAGCUGUUCACUUCUUUGGUGAAUUGGAAAUUGCAUGGAAUUGAGGAGGAGGUUUAGGUGCGACAAGCUCGUGGCAGCUAUGAACUCAUCCAUAUUGUUUCAUUCCUCUACGAGCCAUUGCUAGACUACCUAUUCCCGUAUUCAUCCCCGCCGCAUUCUGUUCUGGAAUGCGAUUUGGAUCUCUGCCCGCCUGUGAAACACACAAGUGUUAGCAGUUAGUUACCUGGAACGCUAUGCAUAACACCAACGAACUCAUUUUGGGGCAACUGAUCGUAGAAGUCGAGAAUGGUCAUGCAGCCGAGAUCCGGCACCUGUGCGAACAGAUAGGUUUGAAUACAGGGAAUGUCCCAGCUGAUGCCCCACUUCACCACCAGACGCUGAUCGCCAAGGAUGUAUCCCGGCAAGCGAUUCAACGUCGAGAUUGUUUGCGUUUUGGGGAUCGCCAAACCCUCAUCAUCGGUCGGAUAUCCGUGGUUUACUGGAAUCAGAUGCGGCGCACCACGCUCUACGGUCGUCACCCGGGCCUGUGUGGACCCCCAUAACGUCUGGAUGCGCCUGUCUUCAUCCUGUGCGUACUGGAGCGCCGCUGACGCGCUGUGCGCGGCGGCAAUUCGCCGGUUCUUCUCGGACCGACAGUCCUCGAGAGUCCAUGGCACUUGUCGCUGGGCAAAUCCGAGCAGGCCUGCAAUGCGAGCCGAGGCCCACAAUACGCGCUUGGUUUGAACCUCAUUGGGGGUGGGGGGACCGUAGGCGGCUCUAUAAGUCUCAUAGUCCUGCAAAGGUUUCUUAAGCUCUGGGUUCUCUAGUACACGAAGGGCGUUAUUCGCUUGGUCGAAGGCCGCGGUGGCCGCUCGCACUGCAAUAGAUUGAAUAGACAAUCGUUGCUCGAGCUCGGCCAUGUCGUUCAGGCCCUUCCGAUGGCCGGCGCCAAUGCCAGACCCUCCACUGGUCGUCACCUGCAGCAGCACAGUCUGCUGUUUGUGAGAUUCGAUGGAGACGACGACGUAGGGAUGCGAGGAGACGCGCGAGGAUGUGUUCGUGGCGCCUGGCGGUAAUCCACGGUUCAAAGCAGAAGCUGCGGCGAGCCCUUUGGCGCCAGAGUAAAAGUUCGGCCUGGGGCCCAUAUCCUCCUCUCUGAGGGAAAGGCGUACUGCCUCUCCAAUCUGGAGGGUCGACGGUGCCUUCCAUUCUGAGUACGAUGCGGUCAUGUCGUGAGGAGUAGGCUGUCGAAAGGAAUGCCCCUCUCGUCCUAGAGGAGAGAUGUCGCCAGUUCUUAUGAGGGAUGCUGCGAGCAGGACCAUUGGCAUCGCCCCUUCGUGUCAGGGUGCCAUUGUUCUGCAUACGGCAGUCAUCGCAACAUAGCUGUUUUUGCCUCAACUCUGCCCUGUUGGCGUCGCCUCUUUCUGGCGGGGUGCCAUUAUCGUUCCGCAUAUGGCAGUCAUCGCAACACUGCUUUCGUCCUAUUGGGUCCCUCUGAGGCGCCAUAGUAAUGGUCGAAUUUCGAUGAUCGAUAACUUGCUCAAUUCUUCAUCCCGCAUCCUUAAAGACGAAAGUUGUCGACAAUUUGUAUUCCGAGGGCAUGGGAUACCCCGUGUUGAGAAAAGAGUGUUCUGAGCAUGAUCUCAAACACCCAAUUUCUCUUCGGGGAGGACUUGAGGAGAAUUUCGUCGGUUAGGGCGUACUCGCGAAUCCGAGAAAACCCUGAUCUGAAAGGGUUCGACAUGCGGGAAGCAUGUCGUUGAAUCGAUGGAUGACACAAAUGGUGACGAUGACGAUGUUGAUUAUGAUAUCGUCCAAGGCGAGCGCCGCGCUGGCGAUGAUGGUGCCGAGGAGGACGCGGCGCUCGAAGUGCAGGAAUCGGGUGAGGUUGCCGAUCACGCCGGCUGCCAGCCAGAUACCCAGAUCGAUCAAGGUCUGCGCAGAGGAGAUCAGCAACAGGUCCGGGUCGCACGCUCCAC